AUGGAGAAUGAGAAUUUCUACAAGCUGGCAUUGAGAUGUGCAGAUCGUCAGAUUGCCUCUGGAGAUUUCCUUAAUUUCUACAAAGAGUUCUAUAAUGAGAAAUUCUCUGCUAAAAUGGAAAAUGAAGAUACGCCUAACGAAUCCAAGGUACUAGAAGUAUCUAAUUUGCUGGCAUCCGAAUGCAUAAGACUUCUUUCCUUCGAGAAAUCAUUAAUUUUAGCCAAUUAUGUGGUGGAAAUGGUAUUUGUAAAUUACAAUUCAGAUCUGGUACAUGCAUUUCUACCGCAGUUGUAUUAUAUUACUAAUAGUAACAUGCUAAUCCAUUUCUUUGCUCAAUCAAGUGCAUUUUUUUCCAAAUUAUCCGAUAAAUUAGUUAUGGAUCAACUGAACAAAGAUCUUUCCACUUACGUGAUUCCCAGCAUCUUGAAUGUGGAUGUAACUACUAUUGGUAAUGAUUUGGUGGUGGCCAUCUGUAAAUUUCUAUUAUUGAUGAUGAAUUUUAUUAAUGGCAAUGUUGUUCUAUCAUCAGAUAGGUCGAGAGAUAAUUUGAAUGCACUCUUAAAUCGAUUAUCGAAAGUGAAUAAAUUGUUACACAAGAAGGUUCAACAACAAGCAGACGCUAAAUUGAUAUUCAAAAAUGCAAAAAAUAAUGUUUUUCCUCUAGAGUCAGCCGUUCAAGAGUUUGUCAGUUCACCUUCUAUCACAUCACCGCAGUUUGAGCCAAGUCCAAUCAGUAAUGCCAAGGCACAGGCAUCCGGUGGAGCCACUGUAUCAGGAGCUAAAUAUCAAGAUAUUAAAUUGGUGCGUUAUUACAAAAACAUUUGGCUCAAUAAUAAAAUUAUCAAUUGGGGACCCAUCGAUUCAGAUUUCUUAUCACGUUACGCUUCCAUAGCAACUUCUGCAUUCCAAGGUGUUACUUAUUCUCCUCAAUCUACUGAUUCCAUUUUACAAGAUUUGAUAGAAACCUCGUUUACUUGUUUCGCCCAAUUCGUUAAUAACAAACAGUAUCAUCAGCUAAAUUCCAAUUUUAAUCUUUUGGAAAGACAAUGGAUGGUUUUCAUCUGUAAACAUCUGCCUCUUUUAAUCUUGGAAAAUGGUUCUGGUAAUUCCCACACAGUACCACAAGCAUUGGAAAGUAUCGAUGAUAAAGUGGUGAAAGCAAUUAGAACCUAUUAUUCUGAAAAAGAUGAUAUGAAAGGACGUAAUGAGGAUUUAUUUGAUGACUACCCCUCUAACAAUUUGGAUAUAAGACAUGAAUUCAUUAAAAAUUUAGUGUCCCUUGGUUUACAAUCGCCUACUUUACUCAAUGAUUAUUUGAGAGAGGAUCAAAUGAUAGAUACUAGAACCCUUCUGACUACUGACGAUCUUAUUGUAACAAAUUCACAAGGUGUACAAGAGUUGGUUAAAGACUUUAAACAUUUCCUUACGAAUUCAUUAGAUUCUUUAGAACCUGAAGUACUCAUUAAUGAUUCCAAUGAUAAUGCCGAUGGAUUACAACAAAUAUUCCACAAUUUUGAAAAUAUACCGCCCACGAAGCAGAGGGAAAUUUCUAAUAUUCUCAUUGAUAUUUUGCAACAUGCGUUGGAAAAUUUAGAAUUCGAUCGAAUAGCCAAAAUUUGCAGCGUAUUAUCCUUCAAUUUUUCCCAUUCAUUGACCACUAUACUCUCAUUUUCAUCACCAACAAAAAUAUGUGAAAUGUUGAUAAAAUUUGUAGAUGUAUCAUGGGAUAAAUUCGUAGAACCACGCUGUAAGGAGCUAGUGGAAUCUGAAUAUGAUACGAUGAACUUUUUUCUGUCAUUUAGCUGUUCUAUACUACUUUUGAUCGUCAUUUGGCAGACAUAUGAUUUUUCACUGGUAGACGUUGUAUUACAAUCAUCUGAAUCGAAUACCGAAAAUUCGUUUGUCAUUUCUUACAUUUCUAAAUUACCGGAAAUUCCAGAUGUAUUCCUUUUGGACCCAAAGAAUUCUCUAGAUCAAGAAAUGAGGACUAAAUCACACCAAGUGGUACAAAAUUGGUUAAGAGAUUUGUUUGUAAAUGGUUCCAUUUCUGACGACUUGCUUCAAAGUGUCGACCUGAAACAACUAGCAGUGCUAGUUCCAUUUAUCUUUAAACAGGUAUUACUCACCUUAGAGGUCGGAGCCAUUGAAGAUGUGUCUAAUUUAGUGGGUGGGUUGGAAUAUUUUCUUCAACCCUUCAUGUUGAUUGGUUUGGUAAAGAUUGUUUAUUGGUUAGAACAAUACCUGUACUCUUUGAAAAGCGAAAACUUAGAUGAAGGCCUUUUAGAGAAGUUACUUACUUUAUUGAAUUCCAUUUUUAAUCCACAAGCAUUGAAUGAAGAUUCAAAAUUAUUUCAUUCAUCUCUUCUCCGUUUGAAUGCUGUUAGGCUCCUAAGAGUGCUUCGUCAAUUCCGUUCACAAUCGCAAUCUAAUUACGGUAUUUAUUCAACCGAAUCAAGUGGUCACCCAAAAUUGGAGCUUUUGAUAGAAAGAUUACUAUCAGCGCUCAAUGUAUCACCAACAUACAAUCUUGAUCCACGAGUGAUAACAACCGAAAACAUUUAUUCACAAAAGCAAGUUGGCUAUGGAAGGUUCUUAAUUCUCAAUGAAAACCCUAUUAACAAAAUAAUGACAAACCAAAUCAAUUCUUUUUGGAAUCUUCAUAGUAGCACCUAUUACAAUUUGGACUAUUUGAAGGAAGUUAUUAAUCUUGUUUCACCUAGAGUCUUUCUGCAAGAUGUUCUUGCAACGCUUGAAUAUAAGUUGGACACAUAUGGGGUAGCGGGAACUCGCAAUAAAAUUGCCGCUGUGGAAUCCGAGCAUGUGAUGGAUUAUCUCUUUUACUUUUUGGUGCUGUACGAUGUUAGAUCCCAAGUAGACGCAGUCAGUCUAUUGCAAGUGAUGGAUGGUAAUUCUGAAUCACCAAUAGUUAAAGAGGAAAUGCAGAUGAAAACGACUGAAGUGGCUCCCAAAGCAGAAGUAUCUCAAGAUGAUGAUUUUGACAUGCUCUUCGGUGAACCAGAAACAAAUGUUACAGGAGUAGAUAAAGAAAACCAAUCCACAAAUGUUGAGUCGAAGCCUACAGAAUCGAAAUACAAUUUGACUGCUACUCUUGAGCGUCAUUCGUUUGGAUUAAUAAUUCAUGAAAUGAAACAAGAAUGUAAUGAAGCUUUAUCCACUGGGGAUAUUUCAAAAGAUGUUUGUGAUAAAAUUACAAAAUAUCAUGAAAAGUACGUCUAUCUAUUGAAAACCUGUGUUUUCUAA